AUGACAGAUUCCAUAGCUGAAGCCCUUGAACGGCUUCAGCUCGUUGAAGAGUCCAUUCCAGAUGACCCUAUCGACGACAUUCUCUCGAGAACAGCUCCCAACCAAAGCCAAAUACGAGAUCCUCAGAAGCUCAAGGCGCAUCUUGAGGAGAAAUACCUCACACCAUCCCCAAAAUUUUCUACAGAGUGGCUAAACAAACUACAGCAGCGAUGGGAUAUCGAGACCGACUAUACUGACCUAUUUACGAUUGCACCUACCCAAACCCGCACCGUCACACGUUUCCUACGACAAGGCCUCGAAGGCCGUGUCGUUGGCUAUAAGAAUGUCACCGUCGCGGCAAACAGUGCCACCGCAAAGAACUCGACUUCCCUGCUGCGAAAGCCUGGUGCGAGGACAGACUUUGUGCGCGGCGCAGCUGGCUUCUUCCCCUUUGCUCCUGGUGGCCUGGAGGGAGUAGAGGCUACAGCUGCGCUUGAGGACCAGGCGCUAAGAGGAGAUGGCUACCUUGACGGCGAGUCUGGCCCUACAAACAAGUUGGAGAGGAUCAUCACCCUCGGCGAGAAGGACAGCCUCCUAGAGGUUGCGCCUGGCAUGCCGCGCGGCCUUGACUUCACCAGAAAGAAGAGUGGAACCGAAGAGACGGAUGCCCAAGAAGUUGAGAAAGAGCUCGAUCAGGAGCCGGAUCAAUUGCUCAAUGGCGAGGAUGUAAACAAGGACGUCGCUACCAAUGGCCAGAGCAGUACACCGGAGGAGGAUCUAGAGGCCAGCGAGGAGGAUGGCGAGGAUAUAGACGCCUUGCUGCCGGUUGAGUUCCCAGCGCUGGAGCCUCGUGGCCAGCUCUCAGCGUCAAACACUAGAAGGGCAGGGCGCGAGUGGGCACACAUGGUGGACAUCAAUCGGGAGAUACCCAACUUCCGCGAGCUGGUGCCCGACAUGGCGAGGGAGUGGCCCUUCGAACUCGACACAUUCCAAAAGGAGGCUAUUUACCACAUCGAGAACGGUGACUCGGUCUUCGUUGCAGCACACACCUCAGCGGGCAAAACGGUUGUGGCUGAAUACGCAAUUGCCUUGGCUACAAGACACAUGACAAAGGCCAUCUACACAUCCCCCAUCAAGGCACUCAGCAACCAGAAAUUCCGCGACUUUCGGCAAACUUUUGACGAGGUGGGCAUCCUCACAGGAGACGUGCAGAUCAACCCUGAGGCUAGCUGCUUGAUCAUGACCACGGAAAUCCUGCGGAGCAUGCUCUACAGGGGUGCUGAUCUUAUACGCGACGUCGAGUUUGUCAUAUUCGAUGAGGUGCACUACGUCAAUGACGCAGAGCGAGGUGUGGUCUGGGAAGAGGUCAUCAUCAUGUUACCUGAGCACGUCUCGCUCAUCCUCCUCUCCGCGACAGUGCCCAACACGCACGAAUUCGCUUCGUGGGUCGGCCGCACUAAGAAGAAGGACAUCUAUGUCAUUUCUACCCCCAAGCGGCCAGUACCGCUGGAACACUAUCUCUGGGCCAACAAGAACAUCCACAAGAUUGUGGACUCAGAUAGGAAAUUUAGCGAAAAGGGAUGGAAGGAUGCCAAUGCGGCUGCACAGCGUCGAGAUCAGGCCCCGGCUUCCGGACCCGUCGCCCCCACCCGAGGCGGCUUGAACACGAGGGGGGCUCGUGGUGGCAACAAUGCCAAUUCGAGAGGCGGCCAGAACCAACGCGGAGGUCGUGGAGGCAACAGUCAAAGAGGCAGGGGAGGACCACCUCGGGCGAGUCACAAUCCUGGCCACAUGGGUCGCGGCGGUCGUCCUGGAUUCUCUUCGGCUGCCCAGGACAAGAAUCUCUGGGUUCAUCUGGUGCAGUUCCUGAAGAAGUCAAACCUGCUUCCCGGAUGUAUCUUUGUCUUCUCAAAGAAGCGAUGUGAGGAGAAUGCCAACGCACUGACGAACCAGGAUUUCACGACGGCCCAGGAAAAGAGUCAUAUCCACAUGAUCGUCGAGAAGUCACUUGCGCGGCUGAAACCAGACGAUCGGACACUGCCCCAGAUCAUCCGGAUGAGAGAGCUUCUGUCACGCGGUAUAGCGGUACACCAUGGCGGCUUGCUGCCCAUCGUGAAGGAACUCGUCGAGAUCCUCUUUGCCCAGACUCUUGUCAAGGUCCUUUUUGCCACAGAGACGUUUGCCAUGGGUCUCAACCUCCCAACGAGAACGGUUGUGUUCUCUGGCUACAGGAAGCAUGAUGGUCACUCGUUCAGAGACCUUUAUCCUGGCGAAUACACGCAGAUGGCUGGACGGGCAGGACGGCGUGGUCUUGACUCAGUUGGGUCUGUCAUCAUUGUCCCACCUGGCGGUGGCGAGGCGCCACCGGUUGUCGAUCUGCAGAAGAUGAUCCUUGGCGAACCGCAGAAGCUUCGAUCACAGUUUCGUCUCACCUACAACAUGAUACUCAACCUGCUCCGAGUGGAGGCUCUCAAGAUUGAAGAAAUGAUUAAGCGUAGUUUUUCUGAGCACGCCACACAGCAGUUGCUGCCGGAGCACGAAAAGGCCGUCAAACUCUCCGAGGCGGAUCUGGCGCGGGUCAAGCGGGAUUCUUGCGAUAUCUGUGACGUUCACAUGGACGAGUGUCAUCAGGCCGCACAGGACUACAAGCGGCUGACGGGGGAGCUGUAUAAGGGUAUACUGAGCCUUCCGAUCGGCAGGAGGAUAUUCACCCGAGGCACCCUCAUCAUCUUCCAGAAAGACGGAAUCCGGACACCGGGGAUCUUGCUCGCAGACGGGAUUAGUAUUCAGGUCACUGCGAGCGUUGGGCCUACGCUGCACGUUCUGGAGAUCAAGCCCAACAGGGAGACACGCGACUCUACGGACUUGCUGCCUUACAUGGAAGCCCUCCGUGGCUAUUUCAAGGAGCUCCCCAAGUCGAGACGGCUCAUCCACAACAAGGUCAUACACGUGCCUCUGUCGGACGUUGAGGUGCUGACUGGCUGCGUCACCAAGAACAUCCUCCCUGAGAUUUUCAACGGAGGCGAGGAUCAGAGGAAGGCCAAGGAGCAGAUUGCCAAAUUGUUCCAGUCCUGGAGCAACCCUGCUUUCCAGGAAACAGAUCUCGGCAAGAUUAAGAGCUUGGCUCUACAGGAGAUCAAAGAGAAGCGAGUGCAGGCGGAAAGCACGGUCUUGGGCUCUGAGGCCUUGAAGUGUCCUCAGUUUCUCAAGCACUUCGCCAUGUGUCACGACCAGUGGCUGAUCAAGGACCAGAUUGAGGUGCUCAAGCAGGCCCUCUCUAAUCAGAACCUCCAGCUGCUCCCCGACUACGAACAGCGCAUCCAGGUCCUGAAAGAUCUUGAUUUCAUUGAUGAUGCCUCUCGUAUUCAACUCAAGGGCAAAGUCGCGUGUGAGAUCCAUUCAGGCGAUGAGUUAGUGCUCACCGAGCUGAUCCUCGAGAAUGUCCUGGCCGACUACGAGCCGGCUGAGAUCGCCGCUCUUCUCUCUGCGUUCGUUUUCCAGGAAAAAUCUGACAGCGAACCCAAGCUGAGCGGCAACCUCGAGAGGGCUCGUGACAAGAUCAUUGAGAUCUCUGAGAAGGUCAACAACGUUCAGACGCUCCACCAAGUCAUUCAGACAUCUGACGAGAGCAACGACUUCGCCUGUAAGCCUCGCUUCGGCCUGAUGGAGGUCGUGUAUGAAUGGGCGCGGGGCAUGAGCUUCAAGAACAUCACGGACUUAACAGACGUUCUCGAGGGAACGAUCGUCAGGACCAUCUCGAGAUUGGACGAGACGUGCCGUGAGGUGAAGAAUGCCGCAAGGCUCAUCGGCGACCCGCAGCUGUAUCAGAAGAUGGAGACGGCGCAGGAGAUGAUCAAGAGGGAUAUCACCGCAGUGGCGAGUCUUUAUGUGUAG